UUUAAUAUUCAACGAUUUGUAUGUACUAUAUAGUUCUCUCCUGUCCUGCACCUGCACCCCUACAAGUGUAGCAGCAUUCAAUUUUCCUCUUGCUAUCUCCAUACUUCAAACUUCAAGGGCCUCAUGACUUCUGGAGGGCCAAAAUCAGCAGCAUCCAUUCUCUUGAUCGUCAACCUUGUUCUGUAUUUUAUUGUGAUUGUGAUUGCUUCUUGGGCUGUCAACCAUGGCAUCCAAAGGUCUCGUGAUAUAGCUUCUGUUUUAACAAUUCCAGCGCGAAUAUUUCCAAUCUACUUCCCAUUUGGAAACAUGGCAACCGGUUUCUUUGUGAUUUUCUCCCUCCUUGCUGGUGUUGUUGGCUUUGCCACCUCACUUACUGGACUUCACAACGUUGUCCAAUGGGACAGCCCCAACUUGCACACAGCUGCUGCCUCUUCUCUUGGAACUUUCUCCCUCACUCUUCUUGCCAUGGGAUUGGCUUGUAAAGAAAUUCAACUUGGUUGGACCAAUUCAAACUUGCGUACUUUGGAGACCAUAACAAUAAUAGUGAGUGCAACGCAGUUGUUUUCUACUUGUGCCAUCCAUGCUGGGGUUGAAGAUGUUAUUGUUCGAGACAGGAGCCACACUGGAAGAGUUUAAUCCCUGCAUGUUCAUCUUCUACACUUCAUAUGUUGAUGUAUUAUUGUUGUAUCCAUUACAACACAAUUUGUAUUCUGGGUGCUGUUUCUAUUUCUACAUUUUUUUUUCUCAUUGUUUUUUUUUUGCGAGAUU